AUGAACGCCCGCAACGCAAAGCAGUCUAUGGCCGAGCUCAAGCUUAGGCGCGUCAUCGAGCACAACCAGCGCUUAAAAGAGGAUUUGGCUCGACCACGACUGCGUGUGAGCGAGGCUGGUGCGAGUCUAAUUCGAUACUGCAAGACGACCAAGGACCACCUGGUUCCUUCUGUAUGGGGGCCAGUGGGAAAGGGAGAAGAUCCAUAUGCACCACCUCAGCAGGGUUUCCGAGUGUACGAAGCGGACUGA